CUCAAAAUGAAGAAACCAUCAUCAUCUUCCUUAAUUUUCCUUCUCCUGUUUGUGUUAUUUUCUUGUCUUGGAAUCUCAGUUGCAGAUUCCAAUAAUGUCUUUGAUACCUGUCCAACAGCCACAAACAAAAGUGAGUUCAUCAAUGGCUUCCCUUGCAAAAACCCCACCAUUGUUACAACUUCUGACUUCAACUCAGCAAAGCUAACGGGUCCUGUCGAUACCGAUGAUCAGUUUAUCUCGUCGGUGAACAUACUCACGGCUGCAGAAUUUUCAGGUCUGAAUACUCUAGGACUCUCCAUUUCCAGAACUGACUUGGGCACGGACGCGAUCGUUUCCCCUCACUCGCACCCGAGAGCCACCGAGAUAUUCUUUGUGAACCAAGGCAUCGUUUUGGCUGGAUUUCUCGACACCAAGAAUCGACUGUUCCAGAGCUUUCUAAAAGCGGGCGAUGUGAUGGUAUUUCCAAAGGGGUUAUUACAUUUCUGUUUGAAUUCUGGUUAUGAGCCUGCCAUCAUUUUCUCUGUGUUUAACAGUCAAAAUCCAGGAGUGGUUAACAUCAAUGGUGCCAUGUUUGAGCCUGCUGAUUCCAAUCAUUUGGUACAUAAGUUCCUUGAGAGAUUAAAAUCUCUUUCUUCACUAUCAAGUCUCAAAUUCAACCCAAAUGUAACUCUCACCACAUACAUAAGUUUGUAAGAUUGGCUUCUGAGUUUGAAAUCUUAACAUUCUUGAUUUAAGAUGUAAUAGAUUAUUUCUCGUGUCUCUUUGAUUUGGUUGUCCUUCCUGUUGAUAUGUUUUUACAGUAAUAAGAUAUGAU